AUGAGCGGAGAGAAUGGUAGCGGCAAGGUCCGCGUCUACGCCGCGCGCUUGGAUGAAAUCCCUGAGGGAACAAUGCGGGAGGUGCCGCUCGACGACGAACAGGUGCAAGUGAACGCGCUCGUGUCCAAUGUGCACGGCGAGAUUGUGGCGACCUCGUCGCGGUGCACGCACUACGGUGUGCCGCUCGCCAAGGGCGUGCUGACGUCCGACGGGCGCGUCUACUGCCCGUUCCACGGCGCGUGCUUCCGUGUGACGACCGGUGACAUUGAGGAUGCACCGGGCCUCGACCCGCUAAAGAAGAUUGACGUGGAAGUGACCAACGGCCGGGUGUACCUCUUGGUCGACUACGAGGCGCUCAAGCGCCCGACCGACGGCAAGUGCACGGCGCCCGCCAAGGGAGGGCCGCACACGGUAUUCGUCGGUGGCGGUGCCGUCACACUGCAUGGCGUGCAAGAGAUGCGCCGCCGGGGCUACAAGGGCCGCAUUACCGUCAUCACCGCCGAGCCCCACCCCCCGAUCGACCGCCCGAAGCUGAGCAAGGGCGUCGCGCCGAAGCUCGAGCAGGUCGUCGUGCGCGACGAAGAGUACUGGCGCGAGCGCCUCGACGUCGACCUGCGCACCUCGUGCCAGGUGUACGCGGUCGACACGAAUACGAAGCGCGUGCAGAUCUGCGGCAACGACACGCUGCAGUACGACAACCUCGUGAUUGCCACCGGCUCGAUUCCCCGCCGCCUCCCGAUUGAAGGCGCAAAGCUCGGCGGUGUGUACACGCUGCGCACCAUGCGCGACGCACAGGCCAUUAGCGACGCGCUCGAGCGCCGCAUGCACCAGCACCUCGUGGUUAUCGGCACCGGCUUCAUCGGUCUUGAGAUGGGCAUUGCAUUUGCGCGCCGUGCCAAGGUGACGCUCAUCGGCCAGACGCACGUUCCCCUCGAGGGACCCCUCGGGCGGUAUGUCGGCGGUGGUCUGCAGACCGCGCUCGUGAACGAGCGCCCCCUGCGCUUCCUCAACGCCGUCGACGUGGUGCGCAUCGAGUCCGGCCCCGACGACGAGGUCACGGCGGUGAUUGUGCAGCCCCGUGCGAAGGGCUCGCCUGAGCUCUCGCUGCGUGCCGACCUCGUGCUGAUGUCGGCCGGAGCGAUUCCCGCGACGCAGUUCCUGCGGCAGUCGCCGUCGUUCCCCGAGCUGCGCCCCGACGGCUCGGUCGAAGUGGACUCGGCGCUGCGUGUCGUCGGCCUUUCUCACGUGUACGCCGGUGGCGACAUUGCCGCGUACCCCGGCCCCAACGGCAUUACGCGCAUCGAGCACUGGAACGUCGCGAGCAACCACGGCCGCGAGAUUGGCCGCACGCUCGCGACUGGCAGCAAGCGCGUAUACUCGCAUAUCCCCGUGUUUUGGUCGGGCCUCGGCACGUCGCUGCGGUAUGCUGGCCAAGGCGCCGGCUACAACAAUGUGCACGUCGACGGCGAGCCCGACGAGGAGGAGUUUGUCGCCUACUAUGCCAAGGACGACCGCGUGAUCGGCGUCGCAACCAUGCGCCGCGAUCCGACGAUGGUCCAAGCCCUUGCGCUGAUGCGUGCCGGCAAGAUGCCGUCCUUCCACCAGAUUGCGAAAGGCUUCGACCUCUUCUCCAUCUCGGCCGCGGCCGAAGUGCAGCUUUAG